UUUCAUUUCGUCCUGUCGAGUAAUUGCCCCAAGCCUUCAACCUCUCUUCCUCUUCCUCCUCCGAUAUACUUUCUCUUCAGUGAGCUGCACGAGAAGUGGAAGAGCAGACAAUGCCGACGGCACCUAAUUCGUCGAGCCGACUCUCCAAGGGGGAAGCUAACCGAGGAGCUUGGACCCCCGAGGAGGACCGCAAACUGGCCCAAAUCAUUGAAGUCCAUGGCCCAAGGCGGUGGAAACUGGUUGCAACCAAAGCAGGGCUUAACCGGUGCGGGAAGAGCUGCAGGCUCAGGUGGCUUAAUUACCUGAGACCCAAUAUCAAGAGGGGCAACAUUUCUGAUCAGGAAGAGGAUUUGAUCCUCAGACUUCACAAACUCCUAGGAAACAGGUGGUCACUAAUAGCUGGGAGGCUUCCGGGACGAACAGACAAUGAGAUAAAGAACUAUUGGAACUCUCAUUUGAGCAAAAAGAUAAAGCAGAAAGAGAACCACCGCAGAAGCAUGAAGUCCUCGCAAAAGGAUUGCUCUCACUACCCGAACGACGCGACAACAGGGAGUGGCUCUAUUGUGAGAAGUGACGCGAACGAAGUGGCAAACUCGGGCUUCGCUCAUCAGGACGACAGGAUCUUCGAUCUCUCCAACGAGGGCCCGAUGAACUUGGAGUGGAUGAGUAGGUUCCUUGAAAUGGAGGAGAGUUGUUUUGAUUUCGCAUGAAAAGUUAGACCUUUUUGUUUGACCCUUCGUUGCCUUCUACUGACAGACUCUGAUUAUGUAAAAUUGCUCAUGGAAAUAAAAUAAAUUAUGUGCCAAGGAUUAUAUAUAUAUGUA